AAAAAAUAGCUAGCAAUACCAUCGGCUCAGCUUUAUAAACAAGAUAAUAGUUAUCUAUAAUGCUUGCAGUGGCGCUCGUUUCAACAGCGAAGCAAACUAAAAGAGCGCCAGCUCCAAACGCCACACAAAGUUCCUGUUGCGCUGCCUUUUUCGGCCAGCUCCUGCUAAUGUUUGACUAGAUGAUUAUAGAGGCAGCGCCUCGUCUGGUGGUCGAACCAUUGGAGAGCUAUCCAUCACCUCCACACGGAUUGAAAUUUGAAAAAACCCAAAUAACUCGUGACAACAGAGAACAAAGUAAGCCCUACCAAAAACUAUUUGCAACUAGAAAUAACUGCAGAUCUACGAUUUCCGGCAACAGUGAAGACUUAUUAAAUUGUGACAGAGGGAACAAAUCACGAAAGUGUUCGCACAGGACACAUCCUUACGACUGCUCGGCUCAAGGGAAGCGCGCACAUAUCAAGUGGAAUUAUUUUUUGAAUAAUCUUCCUUUUCAUGAUAAGUGUCCUUUGUUAUUGCCUGAUUUCCGGAUUCAGAAAUCUUUGUAUCGUCUUUCCACCUCCAACAAGAGAAAAGUACCAAGGAGUAAGACGCUUGAUAGACAAUUUACGCCAAUUUUUACAGCGAAUGCAAAUGAAAAUAAUGACAACUCUCCAAGUGCAACGUAUUGCUGCAACCAGUUGACUGAGUCACAAACUGUAGACGCUAUUUGUGAUGCCGAAAUAGAAGAUUUAACUACAGAACACACGACAACAUAUUCAACUGAAGAAACAACCUUUGUACGCCAAAGACGAACAAGUUUAAAUACGAACCCUCUGUCUUCAAUCACCACGCGAACGAAUCCACACGAUCCUCUUUCGCUAUCCCAAUCAGACGAUUUAAACCUUAGGUAUUCAUCGACUAGUGGAAUAAAAGAAGCAAGGCGAGAUAAAUCCGAAAACUUUUAUCAAUUUAUUCGUCAAAAUAUUUCAUCUUCUCCAGGCUUAUCUUCCAACGAUAAGUUACCUGGAAAAUACAACACGGCGGUCGAGAGAGAAACUUCCUCGAUUGAACGACUGGUCGACUUUUUUGAGUCGAAUUCAUCAAACAGAAUUUUUCGUCCUAGAAUACCAUCAGACCAAAGACAAAACAAAGAAUCUUAUUUGAAUUUUACAAAGACACACUCGUCAAACCAACGAGAACCAAGAGAAUCGCCCAAUUUUCCUCAUCUUUUCCGCAACAGUUGGGAUUAUUUUAUAAAAAACUCAACUGACUAUCAACAGUCAAGCGUCCCGGUUGGUGGAAUAUACAAUAACAACGGAAACGCAGCUAGUGCACCACCAGAAUCAAAGUUCAUUUGGCCUGGUAUUCAGUACGGUAGUGAUAAUUUUUCCUCAGCUGGACAACACGAAAGCAUACGUAAAACGACUUCAUCAUCUCCGGUAUUCUUUCCAUCAAAUCGUAUACGUUGCGGUUCCUCAUUAGCCCGCGUUUCCCCAGACGUUGAGCUAAUAGACCUUGAAUCCACGCGCUUCCCAGUGUGGCAUUCAGUACCCAUAGCAUUUGAUAAACGUCAACUCAGUAAGGAAUUAAGUUCCAAUAGCCUAAUAGACCUUCAAUCCAGUUCAAAUCAAACUGUUUAUGAUCCUAAUAAGUGGCUGAGACACAAACGCUAUAAUUCGGGAUUUAAAAAGGCUACACGUUCUCAGGACGGAAACUGUUUUACGGAGGGCUUCAACCGAAUUGAUAAGGUGAAAGAAGGCUUUGAGAGCAAUUUUUGUCGGAUAAGAUCACAGGAGGGCAAGCCAUUUCGGUUAUCUGAAAACAACCAUCAUAACUCUCAAACACACUGGCAUAGUUUUGAUCGCGUAGAGAAAUCCUAUCCAGACAGAAUACAAGAACCCAAUUUUCCUUUCAACAAUUUCAACCUACAUCAAACGUUACUGAAUCCUUGUUUAAGCAAAAGCAGCGUUUUCCUUCAAACUGACUCUAACGAAAUGGGUUGUAUACAGAGUAUUGCAAAAGCGAAAGUUAGUCCAGAUAGAUGUCACUAUCAUGGUGUUAUUGUGGAAGACAUUCAAGCAGCCAUUGACAGAACCCCAACCGAGAUAGAGGAGAAAUCGCCCAUUGUGCUACGAUAUCGUACUCCGUACUUCAGGGCGAGUGCACAUGUCAUUGUACCCCCUAUACCACGAAAGGAAACUUGGACAGUAGGAUGGAUACAGGCUUGUGAUGCUAUGAAAUUCAUCAACCAAUAUGGAAAUUUAGGAAAUUCAAGUUGGGAGAUACCUGCAUUGAAAGACAGGAGAAUAACAGCUGUUAGUGAUAGUGACGGUGUAUCAUAUCCUUGGUAUGGUAAUACAACGGAAAUUGCUACCGUUGAAGGUCCAACAGAUACCUCGAGGAGUUUGACUCUUAGAAUGAACGAUAAUUUUUAUCCGUCAGUCACGUGGGACAUUCCCGUUAGCGAAGGCUCAGAAGCGCACUUGACGCACAUAGUACGUGAUCAGAGCUUUACGACGUGGCUUGCGGCUGUCAAUCAAACAACAGGCCGACUUGAAGUAUUAAGGACUGUAAAAUGGCAUUUUUACCUCGAAAUUGACGUAGAUCCUACACAGGAAUUGGGAAAAAGGGCGCGAAUAGUCAGUCCACUGGUUCAGAAGCAACCAAUCAUUCUAAAGAACAAUACAGAGCCAAUAUACAUUUCAAGUCCUCGUCGAAGCAGCAGCAACGGUUCUGCAACAAGCGGACGAACGAAACGUCUAAACCGUAGGCCCGGUGCAGGUGGAGAUAAUAACAGUAAUAACCACACAAACUAUAUUCCGAAAUCGGCACUGGUGCGACCAAGCGCAAAUAAUGCACAGACUUUGAUAUGGAGACCGACAAGGGAUGUCCCAGUCAUCGUAGUUCCAGCUAAAGAGGAAUACAAAGAGAACAAUGAGGUUGUUUGGUUCACACGAACACCUACAAUGCACGGACACGAUCACAACGUGCGUAUUUUAUCAACCCAGGAAAUGACACAAUUAAAGAAGAGUAUCAGCUGAGCUUGGAGGAAACACAGUCACAAUGAUAGAUGAGUACAUCGGAUUUACUACUAUUUUUUGUGCAAAUAGGCCUUACAUUUUCAAACAUCUAUACGGGUUCAAAGGUCACACCAAUCAUAUAAAAAAUUUAGUAAAUCUGAUGGAUUUUUUUAACUGCGUACUAUGAAAUCCGAAAAGAAGCAAAUUUAUUUUGGCGAAGCCAUACCAGGUGGACAUAAACACAUGUGCAAUAUACUUAUUUAGUGACGGAACAAAAAUGAAUUAAACAGUUUGAGAAUGACGAUGACUGCUUGAUCGAUAGUAAAUUCUUUAUGUUCCCCUGCGUUAUACAAGGCAGAUGGCGAUUAAAAGCCACACUGCAAGAAAGCUGCACUAUUUACGACUAUUCAGAAAAGCACACGGGCACCGAACGCACUUAACAUACUAUUAUACAUAAGGAAUUAUUUAUUACCGCAAAGUCGAUAUUGCUUUUGCUUAUUGCCUUUUUUGUUUUGUUUCACUACGAAAAUUGAUCGAGUAACGCGCCAUGCAUUUUAUAUAUUAUCAUAACGGGUUUUAUACUGUACAAAAGUUUGUUAAAAUAACCAGCAUUUGCUUGCAAAUGCAGUUUUGCGAUAUUUGGGCCUAAAUGAGUAAUCAAGAAUAAGCUAUUUAAUUCUCAUGAGCAAUUUUCAAAUCCGAUUAGGUAUGACUUAUCUUUUCAAAAUAUUUAGGCUUGCGCAUCGUAAACAUCCACAAAUGCCAGUGAUUUUUACGCUUUUUAUCAGUCAUUAUGGAUCUUCAUCAUUAUUGGGAAUGUAAUGUGUCAAAUCCGUCACCGACUUCCUAAUCACGACAAAAGCAAACUCUACCUCUUUGAAAACAAGGCAUGUCAUUUAUUCACGCCCACCCACUUAUAUCCUCCGAUGGAAUAUAUAAGGGAUCUCUGAGUGCAUUUGCCUUUUAGCACCAAAAUGGAUUAACUAUUAGUGGCAUAUGUAAUACAUAUGUCUGUAUGUUAGCACUUUCGUACAAUCUGAAAGUGAUAUAGCUAAAAUGGCGUUUCAUACUAGUAAUAUCGGUUGCAUAAUUAUAAUCACUAACGAUGCCCUAUUUCAGAUAAAUAUUAGUUUUAUUGAGGGAUUGCGGACUUGCUUUAAGAAAACUCACCCAAAAAACACCAUUAUGAAUUCGCGUUAGCGCUAGGCUUUUGACACAGUUUUUAAUUAUCCUUAAUUAAGUUAUUUAUCCGAGGAAGUCGUUGACGGCAUCAGCGUCCGCGAUGGAUUAGAAGCAAUUUUAUAUCCAAUCUAAACAAUGCAACGUUCAGAAAAACAUUUCCAUGCGACCCAAAAUUUACUAAAAGAAAACCGCCUCGUCAGGAAACAGGAACGUACUCAAGCGCUAAUCACUCAAAUGAUGAGGAGGAAAAACAGUCGAGUAAUCGAUGUCAGUUUGUGCUCAAUCAAUCAAACACGACCCAAUUUUAUACAAUUCAAACUUUAGACGUCAAAUCAACAGAAUAGCUUUACUUGUAUGAGAAUUUUGAAACUUUACAUUUUACUAAUCACUACCUACAUUAUGUCGAUUUAUACAGUCCCGUUUAACGGGUUUACUUGAGAUUAUAAAUGGUCAAUUCAAACCCAAUACCACAGAGCAUCGUAUUUCAUAACAAAUUAUAUCUAGCUUAAAUGGUUAUUCUCAAUGAACGUUUCGUCAAAUAUAUAAUUAUGUGGAUACAACAAUUUGACAUCAAAACUUGAGUCUGCCAUAAAUAUGUUUACAUUUGAAAAUGAAAAUUUUUUUUUCUGGUCCGAAGUAUUUUUUUUUUUCAUUUUAACCUUUUACCCCCACCUCAAAGAUAUUAAAAUGCGAUAUAUAUUUGUCAUUGCUAUCAAAGUUCCAGUAGACACCAAUUUUCUUCAUUUUUAAUUUUAUGUUGUUUUUUUCAUCAGCCCUUGUGAAUAUCACUGCAUAAAAUGCACAAGAAGUACUAACAUUUUCUGGCAUAAUUUGCAUAUCAAAAUGCGUUUCAUAUUAGAUAUAAAACCCAGGCAUGGAUAAAACACACACUGAUUAUUUGAAAAAGCCAGAAAAUGCUAGUAAUUUGAAUGCAUUUUUGCAGUGUGCGAUGGUGUCACUGUGCUCACCACAAAAAUAUCUUCAUAAUUAAUAUGCAAUUAUCAUAGUAAUAAUAUUAAUAAUGAUAUUAUUAGAGCAAAGCCUUGUGACCGUUAGACGGCUGCUUCAAUUUCUUCAUUAUUACUCUAUUCGUCUGACAAACCCGCACUAUGUAUUUCUAUGAAUACAAAAUGCUACAGCACUUUGCACUAAUGUAACUUUAAUAAUUCGUAUCAUUAUGUAUAACUUCUUCAUUUUUCAAAUUGUGUUUUUUUUCUGUUUGAAAUAUUGCAGUUGUUGCCCCAAACUCGCAUUUUUGUUUUACGUUUUUGUGCAAUACCGCAGUUUAAGACAAUACCACAAUCAGAAAUUAUAUCAUUUUACCGUUUAUGAUCAUUUUAACGAAGAAAUAAUUGGGAAAUACCAAAGGCAGGAACAUUUUAAUGAUAAUCGCUACAUUUUUGCCUAAAAUAGAUUAUAUUUGCGUUGAGAUUAUUAUGUUAAAUAUAAGUUACUUAUGUCGCUUCAAUUCAUUUGAUCUUUUGAUUUCCACCAUUUUUGUUUUUGCACAUUUCACAAAUAUUUACGUCCGUAUGGUUCUUACUCUUAAUGUGACUCCGAUUUCGAACCUAAUUCAAAUGGCAAUAUUUUAACAAGAAAAGUAGUAUUAACGUACUUUUUGAAAAGUAAAUACGAAAUAACGCCAAAAAUAAGUAGCACAUGUGCCGCAAUUUACAGAUAAUUAUCAAUUCUUUAAUCCUACUGGCCAGGAAAUAACGGUUAUCGGAUAUCUAAUAUUCACUUCAAUGACUUUCUCUAAGGAGAAUUAGUGGGAUGUCCUAUAAAUAGCAGGUGAUUUUCAACUCAGCCCUUGUUAAGACCAAAAAAACAACAACUAUUACAUAUUUUCUGGCAACUCAAAACAAGUUUGGACUGGUGCUUCAAUUUGUUUAUGACAAUCGGGAAUAAACACUGUGUAAUUGUUUUCCCACCUCAAUACGGACAGUACAUUAGGAAGACGAAUAUCAUUUUUUCAACUAUUUUUUUCUCGUAACAAAGGCUAGAUAUUGUUUUUUUCUUGCCGUGGAAUAUAGCGUAAACUCAUUGGCUUUCACAGUAUGUAGGCUAAUAUUGAAAAAAAUGCCAUGCCAACCAUAAGUGAUAGUUAGGCCGUGAGUAAGAAUCCUAAAUGAUUUUUUAUUGGUUUUACAUUACUUUUGCUGCAUAUUUAUAUGUGGUAUAAGUCAGCUAUUUCCGGAUAUUUUUUCUCUAAGUAAUUCUUACAGUCAGAAAUAGAAUGAUGGAUAUACUGACGCAAACGCCAUUCGAAUGACCUCCUCCGCAGUUGGCAAUUUGGCUGCCAUCAUUUUUUAUGGUCGCCUAGUACCAAUAAUAUCUAAAUAUAGGCAUGUGACAUUGCUCACAAUAAAUUGUCAUUUGAAUAUUUUUGAAAAAUUAAACCAUCUCGUCAUUGUCGUCAAAUAACGGUCAAUCAGAUAGAUGUCAACCCAAAAAUUUGUAUCGUUUUUUGUUCUUCUUUCUCUCUUUUAUUUAUAAUUGCUAAUUCUUCAGUCGGUUAAGAGUAAAUAAUCAUUUUGUAGUGUUACUGUUUCUAUUGCUUCAUUUGUUAUUAUAUAAAAACUGUUAUAAUCAUUAUGUUACUAUUAAUUAAUAAAAUUAAUUAUUAUUUGUAUUGAUCUUGAUAUUAUUAUAAUUAUUAACGAUAUUGCUGCGAUGCGUUGAAUAUUUUUUUAAAGCUCUUACAUUUAUCCGGAUCAAUUCCAAUAAAAACUUUUUCAAAGAUAAAA